AGGGCGACGGUGGGGAUCCGCCGCGCCCCGCCGUACUUGGCUCUGAGGGCGCGGGAGCCCGAGAGGACCGUGGUCUCCUUACCCCCAGCCGCAGCCCCACCUCCGUGGUCCCUGGGCGACGCGCGCACCAGGCAGGGCGGGGGGCGCGGAGCGCGCGGAGCCCCGGCGCGGGAGCCCCGUGACGCACCAAUGACGUCGGCGGCGGCGGGCGGGAUUUCCCGGCCCCUCCCGGGCGCUGGGCGAGACCCUGCUGCGGAGUGGGCGCGACCAACGCGGGGCGAAGGAGGCGAGGGCAGUGGGUCGCCCGCGGUGGAGCGCGUCCGGGCCUGACGCGGCGCAGGGGGCCGAGCAGGCGAAGUGUCCAGCGUCCGGGCGCCUACUCCCCAGCCGGCCGGAGGGCGGGGUCGGCCACCUGCGCCCACCCCCGGCCUCGCGACGUCUUUGCCCUGCCCGGCGAGGGGCGUGGGGCGGGGCCGGUGACGAGGCCCGGAGACCCCACGGGCGGCGAGGGCGCGAGGCGUGCGUUUCCCCCGCGAGCCCGAAGGCGCCGCGGCUCGCCACCGAGCCCCGCGGCCGGAUGAGGUGCGAUGCCGCUCGGCGUUCCCGCCGCCUGCUUGCCCCCGGCCGGAGAGGAGCCCCGCGUGUGAGCUGCGCCCUCGGCGCGCGCGCCCCGCUCCUGGUGAGUUCCAAAGUGGGAGCCACAGAUCAGCGUCUCAUCUGACCGCUGACUGCUGACUGCUGACCGCUGCUGCUGCCGCCGCCGCCGCCACCAGUCCUUGUCGCCAGCCCAGGCCUGUCUCUGUGCCACCUCUCAGCAGGGGCAGCAGCAUGAAAGAAGGCAUGUCGAGUAACAGCACGACCAGCAUCUCCCAAGCCAGGAAGGCGGUGGAGCAGCUGAAGAUGGAGGCCUGCAUGGACAGGGUGAAGGUCUCCCAGGCAGCUGCAGACCUCCUGGCCUACUGUGAAGCCCACGUGCGGGAAGACCCUCUCAUCAGUCCUGUGCCUGCGUCAGAAAACCCCUUCCGAGAGAAGAAGUUCUUUUGUACCAUUCUCUAACUGCAGUCGGUGCCGACGAUGCCUCCUUUUCCGUCUGUAAAAUUCCCUGGUGGAGACCGUGCAUGCUCUUAGCUUAGGGACAUAGCCCACACCCAUCCCUGCCCAGCCUCCACGGUGGGAGCUUGUCUCUCUCUCUUUUGUUUGGUUUCUUCAUGGCAUUCACUGUCACCUUUUUCUUUUCAUUUUUAAGUUGUUUUCAUUACUGAUAAAGAAAAUAGACUUUUUUUAAUAACCAAAUAACAAACGUGCCACGUAAGAACUAGUACAUAUUGGAAGGUUUAGAUCUGCGAACAUUGAUUCCCAAGUUUAAAUUCACCAAGUUAGUCAGCUUCCAUGGAAAGUGUAUCGAAAAACUGUGCCCCAAUAUCCCCCACUGAAAAUCAUUUAGAUCAUAUGAAAGUGUCUUAAUCCAGUGAAAUACACAGGGAAGAUUGCCAUCUCCCUUCCUGCAGUGAGUGGUUCUGGGCGCUCUCUGUCUCCUGUGUUUUUAUCCCAUUUAAGGGAAGCAACCCAUGGGACUGGAAUUUUUCUGCACACAUGUUUUCCCGAGACCAUGUGGCCCAGACGCUGGUGGGUGGCCCUGGCUUCCCGCUGUUUCCUGUUGGCCACUGAAGGUGGGCCUUCCACAAGGAGACCCAUGGGGAGGACAUUGCAGCAGACCAAGGGGGACUGUGCCCUGCAGAGACUCCCUGUUCCUGCUGCCCCCUGUUCCAGCCCCUGCUCGGCAGUUAUAAUGUGGGCGCCAUUACUUGAGCCCAUCUGGCUGCAACACUGAGCCCUUCGGGGAUUCCUGCCCCCACAGGGGUGAGUGAUGGCAGCAGCAGCCCGCUGUGUGACAGCCCCACCCCAGCAUCACCUGUGUUAUUUAAUCCUCCCGCAGUCAAUACCACGAAGGUGUGGCUCCGUUUGAGAGCGAAUAAGAAGGGAGAUGCAGAGAGAUUGCCUAGUCUGUUCCAGGUUGUAGAGUUGUGGGAAAACUUCACGGAAAGUGGAAUUAAACUUAGUAUUUUGGCAGAAAAAAAAAUAGGCAAUCCAUUCAUACAAGGAGUCUUCAGGAAGUGCAUGUGAUGAUUUCAUGGGUUUAAAUUUUUUUGUGUCAACAUAGAGUGUUAUGAUUCCUUUCUUUCAUGGACUGUUGGAAGGCUCCUCGUAGAUAGUAAGCUGGAAACUGUGGUGCAGGCACUGGGGCUCCCGAGCGCUCGCUGAGCCCCGAGCUAUGCUGCCUUCUGGGUUUGGUCGCUGGUAAGCAGGCAGAUGACCUGUAGUACAGUGUGGCCGUAGCACCCUGUGGCCUCAGCCACCCCCUGCUCCUCGCAGCCGUGCCGGCAGGAGGCCUGCGGAGCGUGCGUGCUCACGCAGACUGUAGCAGAGGAGACCUGGGCGCGCCAGGGAAAGCUGGGCGGCAGUGGAUUGGGGCUUGGGUUUUCUGAGACAAACCUGCAGGCCCCUUCUAAGCCAGACUCCUGGCACCCCUGGGGAAAGAGGGGGAGAGGCUGUGGGAGCAGAGAGCUCUCUGUGAACUUUGCUCUGUUCCAUCUGUUUGGAAGCUGCCUGUCUCCUUGGCUGUGACGGGGCCCUGCUGUGUGAUCCAGGGCGAGCCCUUGUGCACCUCAGAUGUCCUCCCCUGCACACGAGGGGCGAUGGCGGUUACUCCCCCUGCCUGUCUGCCAAAGGUACUGAAUGCCAAGAGACAGUACAGGGAAGAAUGUGUGACUUCAGGAUAACCGUGGCUCAGUCGGAUGAGUAGCAUCACGGUGCCUAACGGAGAAGCAAACCUAGUGGCCCGCGCCCUGCGUGAAUGGUUUCAGUGCAUCUUCGUUCCUCACUGCUGCUGUUGAAAGCUCACCAGUGAUACCCAUGUUGUUAGGAGGCUGUGUGCUCAGACUACAGCAGAACUGCACACUAGGCGUGAUGACGACCCCUCCAGUCCUCCUAUGGUUUGGUUUCCAAGCAGGAUCUCUGUAUUCUGUGGCCCAUGUCAGCAUCGUUAAUGUGAUACAGCCAAGCACAAUCUGAAAAGGCCCAUCAGAGAAACCGAGAAACUGGAACAGUACAGAAAACUGUGGCAAAAUCAGGUCAAGGAAAAAUGUGCUUGUAGUUUUCCCCAGACCUCCUCCUGCUUUGGUUUUAUUUGUCCCUGCGUUCUGCCUCCCUCUUUUCUCCUUUUCCUCCUUACUUCCCCCAAUGGGUGCUUUUCUCUCCUGCCCCGCCUCCUCCUUCCAAACCUUUUUUGGAAGCACUUUUUGUGGGUCAUCCCUUCUAAAGUGUUCCUGAACUCAGUUCCCACUUCUUAAAGGCGCAUGCGCACACAUGGACUGUGAGAUACACAGCCACAGCAAUGAGCCUCCUGCCCCUCCAACAGUCGGGGGAAGGUGACUGCAGUGAACCUGCGUGGGCGGUGGAGUGCAGCGUAACACAGCUGCCCUGUUUUCAACGUGGCUCUCCAGUGUCUGCCAGCCCUUCCCACGGGAUACACAAGAAUCGACUGGGACGCAGUGCCCUCCUGCCACUGUGGAAGCGGCGGCAGGAAGGUGUUCCUUGUCUCCCACGCACCCCCUUUCCAGCUCUGCACCAGCCAGUGGCUUGGGGUGAGCUACUGAGACUUCCUGCCUGGGGGCUGUGAGCCAUGGAGAUGAAGGGAUAGGAGACUCCUACCAAGGUGGCAGUCAUCUGUCAGGGGAGGUGUGGAGAGCUGGAAGGCUACAGGGAGGUGCGUCCCCUGGUUACCCUGUCACGGGAUGGCAGGGUCUUGGGAAGACCAGUGCUGCUCACUGCUUGGCCCCACUAAGCUAUGUGUGCUAACACCCAUCUUCCUAAAUCUCCUUCCAGAUUUCUAUCAGUUCUUGGCUCCUCCAAGCACCAACCAGUAUGUUCCAUAUUUUUCCAUGAAAUCACUUAAGUUGGAUGUAAAUGCCACAUGACCUAAUAAUUCCACUGCUAGGUGUUUGUCCACCAGAAAUGUGUACAUAUAUUCACCAAAAGAAAUGCAUUAGGAUGUUCAUAGGAGCCCUUCGUAAUAACCGCAAACCAGAAAGCACCCAGAUGCUCAUCUUGAAUGGGUAAAAACAUUCUGGUAUGCUCACCCUAAGGCAUUCUACACAGCAGUGAGAAUGAAUGGUCGCUAUGGCAAGUAGGGGUAAUAGUUACUCUGCAAGGGGUGGGAAUCAGCAGGGGCACGCAGGGAGCUUCUGGUUGCUGUUUCUGGUUGCCACGUUCUGGGUGUGUUCAGUUUGUGAAAAUUCUUUUGUGUCCGUUGGAUUUGGGUGCUUUUCUAUAUGUAUGUGAUACUUCAAUAAAAAGUGGACUUCUGUGGCUAGCAA